AUGAUGACACAAGUGGAAGUGAUUUCUUCUGCAAAAAUAAAUGAAAAAUACAGAAGAAAGUUUUUUCAUACAAGGCUCACAACAAAUAAAAACGACAAGCACAGUGGUUGCGGAAUCACCGAGGAUGUGGUCGAGUGGAUGGAGAGAAUCCAAAAUUCUGGCGAGCCAGACGUUCCUUCGCCGGUUACGACCGCAAACGUCAAGAAGCCCAAUCCGCAACCGAAUGCAUGGAACGGGGACCAGGAAUCACCUGGCCACAAAUACUCUCGGGAAGCUAACGAACCUAGUCAUCGGAGGGUGCGAAGGGCAGCCAGACCAAAAGAGGACAACAAGAACACUUGUUCCCUUUUUAUACAGACUGAUCCUCUUAUAUGGCGACAUAUAUCUGAGCAGUUACAUCACGACGCAGAGAAAACCAAAGAGGAGAUCCUGUCUCUCAUCGCGCACCACGUCACUGCCGUCAAUUACAUAUAUAGGGACACGAGAUUCGAUGGCAGAAUCAAACAUAGGAAUAUUAAAUUCGAGGUGCAACGGAUAAAGAUCGACGAUGACACGGCGUGCACACCGCAACAAACAUUCGGCGAGCCGAAUCCCUUCUGUAUGGAGAACAUCGACGUCAGUAACUUUUUAAAUCUCCACUCGCUCGGCAACCAUGAAGACUUCUGUCUCGCCUACGUGUUUACCUACAGAGAUUUCACUGGCGGUACACUCGGACUUGCUUGGGUCGCCUCGGCGUCCGGCGCGUCCGGCGGCAUAUGCGAAAAAUACAAAACGUACACGGAAACGGUGGGCGGCAUGUACCAAUCGACGAAGAGAUCGCUAAACACGGGAAUCAUCACGUUCGUGAAUUACAACAGCAGAGUACCACCGAAAGUGUCGCAAUUGACAUUGGCGCACGAGAUCGGGCACAAUUUCGGAUCACCCCAUGAUUUUCCGCCGGAGUGUAGACCGGGUGGGAUACUGGGUAAUUACAUUAUGUUCGCAUCGGCGACGAGCGGAGAUCGGCCGAAUAACAGUAAAUUUUCAAAGUGUAGCAUUAGCAAUAUUAGCAACGUCCUAGACGCCAUUGAAGAUAACAAAAAAAGAAAUUGUUUCACAGCCUCUGCCGGAGCAUUCUGCGGCAAUAAAAUCGUCGAGGCUGGAGAAGAAUGUGAUUGUGGAUACGAUGACGACGAGUGCGUGGAUAAAUGUUGUUACCCGAGACAGGUGUCCGAGUUGGAUAAAAUAAAGAACGAUACUGCGAAGGGUUGCACUCGAAAGUUUGGGACGCAAUGCAGUCCUAGUCAAGGACCUUGCUGUUCGAGUGAGUCGUGCCAAUUCGUGGCCCAAAUCAAAAAUGUUCAAUGUAAGGCAGAAUCCGAUUGCAGUUACAAUUCCACUUGCAACGGGAGAACUGCCGAGUGUCCUCCACCGUUACCUAGAUCCAAUAAAACUAGAUGUAACGAAGGAACUCAGUUAUGCAUUAAUGGCGAGUGCACGGGAUCUAUUUGCCUGGAAUGGAAUUUAACUGAAUGCUUUUUGACGAGUAACGUAAUUCCCAGUAUCGACAAACGUCAACUGUGCGAAUUAGCUUGCCAAAAUGGUACCGAUCCAUCCUCAUGCCGCAGUACCAGCGAGUUUGCUCAUGUCGUUGGCUUGCCCAAAGGCGGAAUCAGCCUUCGACCUGGAUCGCCCUGCGAUAACUUUCAGGGUUACUGCGACGUCUUUUUGAAGUGUAGAGCGGUCGAUGCAGAAGGGCCGCUAGCUAGAUUGAAAAAUCUUUUAUUUAAUAAAGAUACGUUGCUCACGGUAGCCCAGUGGGUAACCGAAUUCUGGUGGGCAGUAUUGCUGAUGGGCAUAGCUUUCAUUAUUUUCAUGGGCUUGUUCAUCAAAUGCUGCGCUGUUCAUACUCCUUCCAGUAAUCCCAAGAAACCACCAGCGAGACGUCUCACUGACACUUGGAAUACCUUGACCAGAAUGCGACAUCCACGUGGUGGAAGAGGUGCCGGUCCGAGAAGUAUACCUCCCAGGCAAAGUCAAGGAGGCCACGGUGGAACUCGAGGACCCUCUCACGGUUAUGGAGAGGGUAGAGGUGCGCAGUAUUAUCCGAAAGAUUAUGAUUUGGUCGAAAAAGGUUGA